AUGCCUGGCCUAGCAGCAUUCGCUAAAAAUCGCACGAUUCCCGCAACGCUCGAUACGAGUAUCGCUUAUCCUUACAGUGCUAUUGGGACACUUGUUUCCUCAAACGGGAAAUCUUUCCGUGCGGGAACGUUAGUUGGCCGGCGAUUGGUGCUUACUGCAUCAGGAUGUUUGGCGUCAGCUAUUGUUGGGUUUUAUCCCUUUGCUGAGGAGGCUCUUGGGAACGAGUGUAAUCCUUAUCAAGUAAGCACGAAUUAUCCUAGUGUUGAUGAAGUAUAUUUUUACGGACAAGAGCUGAUCGAAGCGCUACAGUCAGAUUCGAAACCGGUGUCCGCCUUUCCCGAAGCGAGAGUUUCUAUGAGCACGGGUCAUCCGGGCUUAGCAGGAUCGGAUACAGGACUGGACAAAUGCGACGCACAGGCUUUUGCGUGUUUGCUAUUAUACCUCACACGGAAGGAUGAGGAUCUUUCUCAAAAUGCAGGAGCUGCCAGGUCUCACAUGAGCAGCACUGACACUGAUCCCAUCAUGCCUCACGCAACGCGAUGCUUUGGUAUGACUGGAGGAGCUACGGUCGAAGCAAAGGCUGGUGCACGGCCGAAGCGCUGA